AUGUCGGUUCUUGGGCUUAGCAAAGCUCUUCGUCCAGGAUCCGGCUGCUGCGGAACGUUGACUGGGCACCCCGAGUUCCCCAAGUUGCUGUGCACGGGCGUGUUGACACUCGCAGCAGUUAUGAUGGAGUCCGACGAUGCUGAGAACAUGACAGAGGGCAAAUAUGUCUACUGGAUCUCACAGGACGAUGACGUCCCGAGAGGACAUCUUGGAGAGAUUGUGGAACAAAAGACCAACGGAGACAGGAUGGUCAAGUUUCCAAAUGGAACAUGGAAAUUCGCCCCUGAGAAGCUCAAUGUCUGCGACUUUCAGAAGGGUACUUUCGUGCACUCCACGAGCGACGACUAUGACUUCGACACCGUGGGUGAGGUGAAAGACCUGGAGGACGGAAAGCUGAUCCUGGAGAUCAAGGGCGAGAAGGUGAAGGAGAAGCCGAAGCACCUGUUGAGAUGCGAUUUUCAGCCGGGCAUGUAUGUCUUCUGGAUCAAGUCCGACGACGACAUUCCUGCGGGGCACAUGGGCGAGGUCCUGGAGGACAUCAACGACGAAGGAAAGGUGAAGGUGAGCUUUCCCAACGGUCGCUGGCGCUUCAGACCCUCCCAUUUGGUGUGCGGUCACAUUCAGCCAGGAGCCGUCGUGCAGUGGACUUCUUCCAGCGAUGACAUCGCAGCGGGAGAGCUGGGACAGGUGACUGGCAGCUUGGAUGAGGAGGGCAAGGCCGUGGGAUCUCUCUAG